AUGCAGCUGGUGGCCAGCCUGGUGUCCGUUCUGCUGCUGGUGUGGAGCGUGAGAGCCACCGCACUGCCCGGCGAAGAGAGACUCGCAAUACAGAACACUAGGGAACAGAGCACAGUCCGGAAAGACGCCAUCCUGAAGAUGCUGGCGGGCCUGCUGGACAGCAUGGACGCAGGGCAUGAGGUGGCCUCCCCAGAUGUGGAAGAGGAAGGCAAGCUGGAGGAGGAGCGGGCGGUGCUGGGGCGGCUUGCCCAGCUAUCACAGCGGGACCGCAAGGCCCCCUGCAAAAACUUCUUCUGGAAAACCUUCACCUCCUGCUAG